AUGACACGCGGUACGGACGUAGCCUCCUGCCAUCUGAAUGACUUCCAUAGAAAAUCUCUCACUUUAUAUAAUGCUCUCCGAGCUAACAGCGCCACCUAGCCCACAGACUUAGGAAACAUCCCAAUGAGAUAUAAGGAAAUCCCCAUUUACAGUGAGCUCCAUAAUUCAUUGGACAGUGACAUUUUUUUUGUUAUUUUGGUUCUGUACUCUAGCACUUUGAGUUUGAAAGGAUACAAUGACAAUGAGGGUAUAAUUUGAGGGUAUUUUCAUACAUAUCGGAUGAACCAUUUAGAAAUGACAGCACCUUUUGUACAUGGUCCCCCCAUUUUAAGGUACUACAAGUAUUUGUUAAAUUGGCUUCACAGAUGUGUGUCGUUAGGCAGGUGUAUUCAUUUGUGUCGUUAGUGAAUUACAUUUACAUUUACAUUUACAUUUUAGUCAUUUAGCAGACGCUCUUAACCAGAGCGACUUACAGGAGCAAUUAGGGUUAAGUGCCUUGCUCAAGGGCACAUUAACGUCAUUUAGCAGACGCUCUUAGCCAGAGCGACUCACAAAUUGGUGCGUUCACCCUAUAGCCAGUGGGAUAACCACUUUACAAUUUGGGGGGGGGGGGGGGGGGGGGGGUUAGAAGGAAUACUUUAUCCUAUCCCAGGUAUUCCUUAAAGAGGUGGGGUUUCAAAUGUCUCCGGAAGGUGGUGAGUGACUCCGCUGUCCUGGCGUCGUGAGGGAGCUUGUUCCACCAUUGGGGUGCCAGAGCAGCGAACAGUUUUGACUGGGCUGAGCGGGAGCUAUGCUUCCGCAGAGGAAGGGGAGCCAGCAGGCCAGAGGUGGAUGAACGCAAUGUCCUCGUUUGGGUGUAGGGACUGAUCAGAGCCUGAAGGUACAGAGGUGCCGUUCCCCUCACUGCUCCAUAGGCAAGCACCAUGGUCUUGUAGCGGAUGCGAGCUUCAACUGGAAGCCAGUGGAGUGUGCGGAGGAGGGGGGUGACGUGAGAGAACUUGGGAAGGUUGAACACCAGACGGGCUGCGGCAUUCUGGAUGAGUUGUAGGGGUUUAAUGGCACAGGCAGGGAGCCCAGCCAACAGCGAGUUGCAGUAGUCCAGACGGGAGAUGACAAGUGCCUGGACCAGGACCUGCGCCGCUUCCUGUGUAAGGCAGGGUCGCACUCUCCGAAUGUUGUAGAGCAUGAACCUGCAGGAGCGGGUCACCGCCUUGAUGUUGGCGGAGAACGACAGGGUGUUGUCCAGGGUCACGCCUAGGCUCUUCGCACUCUGGGAGGAGGACACAGCGGAGUUGUCAACCGUGAUGGCGAGAUCAUGGAACGGGCAGUCCUUCCCCGGGAGGAAGAGCAGCUCCGUCUUGCCAGGGUUCAGCUUGAGGUGGUGAUCCGUCAUCCAUACUGAUAUGUCUGCCAGACAUGCAGAGAUGCGAUUCGCCACCUGGUUAUCAGAAGGGGGAAAGGAGAAGAUUAGUUGUGUAUCGUCAGCGUAGCAAUGAUAGGAAAGGCCAUGUGAGGAUAUGACAGAGCCAAGUGACUUGGUGUAUAGGGAGAAAAGGAGAGGGCCCAGAACCGAUCCCUGGGGGACACCAGUGGUGAGAGCACGUGGUGCGGAGACAGCUUCCCGCCACGCCACUUGGUAGGAGCGACCGGUCAGGUAGGACGCAAUCCAGGAGUGAGCCGCGCCGGAGAUGCCCAUCUCGGAGAGGGUGGAGAGGAGGAUCUGAUGGUUCACAGUAUCAAAGGCAGGAGAGCUGUUGAUGAAUAGUAUUGAUUCUAGACUUUGCUAUUGCCUUUGGAGGUUGUUGUUGGGUCUGACAACAUGAGGAAGACAGCAGUGUCAAUGCAAAUGAAGCUGGCCGUCAUAAGGCUCAGAAACGAAAAUCAGGAAAUUCAGGAACAUUGCAAAAACCCUGGCCAUGCCCAAGUCAACAGUUUGGUUCAUCAUUAACAAGAAAAAAACAACCGGUGAACUCAAUUAUGUCAAAAAACCCGGUAGACCGAGGAAGACCACUGUAGUGGAUGACCGGAGAAUACUCUCUAUGUUGAAGAAAACCCCCCUGACAACAGCCCAACAGAUCAAAAACACUCUCCUGGAUGCAGGUGUAGAUGUGUCAAAGUCUACCAUACGUAGAAGACUACACCAGCAGGACUACAGAGAUUACACUACAAGAUGCAAACCACUGAUAAGCCUGAAGAACAGAAAGGCGAGAUUACAGUUUGCUAAAAAGCACCUAAAAGAGCCCCAAGAGUUCUGGAAAAAAGUAUUGUGGACAGAUGAGACAAAGAUUAACAUGUACCAGAGUGAUGGAAAGUAUGGAGAAAAAAAUGAAAUGCCCAUGAUCCAAAGCAUACCACUUCAUCCGUGAAACAUGGUGGAGGGGGUGUUUUGGCUUGGGCCUGUAUGGCUGCCAGUGGAACAGGCUCACUUGUCUUCAUCGAUGAUGUGACUGCAGACAGAAGUAGAACAAUGAAUUCUGAAGUCUACAGAAAUAUUUUAUCUGCUCAGAUAAAACCAAAUGCCUCCAAACUCAUUGGACGGCACUUCAUCAUGCAACAAGACAAUUACCCUAAACAUACUGCCAGAGCAACGAAGGGGUUUUUGAUGGUCAAAAAGUGGAAAAUCCUUGACUGGCCGAGUCAAUCACCAGAUCUGAAUCCAAUUGAACAUGCAUUUUACAUGCUGAAGAGGAGACUGAAGGCAAUAAGUCUCCGAAACAAGCAGGAACUGAAGAUGGCUGCAGUACAGGCCUGGCAGAGCAUCACCAGGGAAGAUACCCAGCGUCUGGUGAUGGCGAUGCAUCGCAGACUUCAAGCAGUCAUUGCAUGCAAAGGAUAUGCAACCAAAUAUUAACAAUGAUUACUUUAUUCUACAUUAUGUUAAACUGUCCAAUGUUUUUUGAUGCCCGAAAAUGGGUGGACCAUGUAUAAAAGCUUCUAUAAUUCCUAAACGGUUCAUCCGAUAUGUAUGAAAAUACCCUAAAAUUAAAGCUGACAGUCUGCACUUCACCCCCAUUGUAUCCUUUCAAACUCAAAGUGCUAGAGUACAGAACCAAAAUAACAAAAAAAUGGUCACUGUCCAAUGAAUUAUGGAGCUCACUGUAAAUCAUUGAAAACAUUCAAUUAUAAUCCUACCUCACAUCAAUAAUCGUUUGUUUCAAUCUAAUUCCUCAUAACUACUCCAGAAGAGUACAUAAAAUCUCUCAAAAGAUGAAAACCACUCAAGAUUCUUUGAGUUUACAAUGAGUUUUUUUUAAUGAUUACUCUUUAUACCUCAUUCCUUUUAAGUCUCACAAUGAUUAUCACCUCCAAAAUCAGCUUCAUUUUAUCCCAUAUCAAAUCAUCAUGGUGUCGUUACUGGAUGACUUACCCCUUAGAUUGUUCCUGUCACCCCUCUAAACAUACUAUUUGAGACAUUCACAAAUAUAAUCACUUACUACGCAUAAAGAAUCAAUGAUAUUCCAAGCGUCUAUUAAAAAGUUGUUUGAGACCAUCUCCUACACAUUCUUUAACAUACCACGUUUCAUUGAGUUGACUACACCUUCUCUCUAAACCUAUAACCCCUUUUUGGUAAUGUAAUCAUCUCCACUUGUUGCAUUGAUGUUUUAAAAUACCAACCUAUUGUUUAAUAACUUCAGAACGUAAAUUUUUUUUUACUAUUCCUUCAGCCUAAUAGUAAUAACUACCUCCCAUUGUUCAACGUACCAGAAACAGAUGAUCGUUUAAGAAUUAAUUAACUUUCUGCAUAACUCACUGGUGUUUAAACAAACUAUAGAAUUUAAUAAUAAUAAUUACAAAUUGUCACAGAACGUUCCCUAUUAAACUGUCUAGAUGUCUGCUCCACAUUACCCUCUGCGUCCUUUACAUCCCGAUAUAGCACAACUAGCACGACUCUCUUUCACCCGUUUACUAAAUCAUGGCAUUAGUCAAUUAUAUCCACAAACCACUACUACAUAAUAACAUAUUUUCAUUGACCUUUCUAGAAAUAAUUAUUUUAAUACCAGUCUACUUAAACAAUCCAAUGCAACAUUUCUCAUCUCCCAAUUAACCUACUUUCUUUUUAACACAGAAAACCCUCUACAAUCUCUUUUAUCCUCUACCGCUGUCUUUCUAUCUAACGGUAUUUUAGCAGGUUACAAAUUAUUGUUAAGUUAUAGUCAAAACACAUAAAACCUCUAUUCACAGAGAUGCCACUUUAAUGACCUCCCGAGUGGCGCAGUGGUCUAAGGCACUGCAUCGCAGUGCUAGCUGUGCCACUAGAGAUCCUGGUUCAAAUCCAGGCUCUGUCGUAGCCGGCCGCGACUGGGAGACCCAUGGGGCGGCGCACAAUUGGCCCAGGGUAGGGGAGGGAAUUGCCGGCAGGGAUGUAGCUCAGUUGGUAGAGCAUGGCGUUUGCAACACCAGGGUUGUGGGUUUGAUUCCCACGGGGGGCCAGUAUGAAAAAUAAAAAAAUUAUAUAUGCACUCACUUACUGUAAGUUGCUCUGGAUAAGAGCGUCUGCUAAAAUAUACUAUGUUAUCCUAUCCGUCAUGGGUUGGUAGGAUAAUCUUAUCAAUUAAACAGUUUUGCUUCCUUGCCUACAUGGGCUUCAACCAGGUACCCUCUGCACACAUUAACAACAGUCACCCUCGAAGCACCAUUACUCGUCAUUCAACAAAAGGCGCGACCUUGCAGAGCAAGUCAAAAAACCAAUCUAAACUCUACUAGUUAACACCACUAACUAGCUAGCCAUAUCCCAUCGGUAACACCCUUUUGACAUCCUUCUCCGGAGCAACCAUUGAUCCGUGUACACUAAACGUAACCCAUAAUGACACUUACAGCUCUCUCACGUUCAGCUAACCCCAGUUGCUAACACCCACAGAUCAACACCUAGAAACUCUCCAAACAACAAAUAAAAACCAUUCUCAAACAGCGUUCUGCCUUUCCCUCUAUCAUAGGGUUAAAACUAACUUGACAACUUUAACAAUAGAUUGCUCGAGUAGCUUCAUGUUUGGUUCAGUUUAUCUGUUAUGAUAUUGUGUCAGUAAUAUCUCUGUAGUGACCUCAGCUACAAGUUCCUAUAUUCCUCAGUUGAUGUUAUCUUUCAUACUCUGCUCCCUUCCAAUACUGCUUCAUUAUCCGUGGUGUUUUUUUAAUACUCUUUUUAUUCUCUUUGUCCCCUUGCUUCACUUUCCAUUAAGAUAAGACACCCGCUUCCCUGUGCGUCGUCCCUAUACUAUACUAUUAUUAUCCCCUUUAUCAACGAAGAUAAUACCAAUCCGCCAUUACUAGAAGUCAGCAGAUCUGGUAACUGUCCUUUCUAAGUAGGCUACAAGUAAUAAACCAAACACUUGCUGUAGUUGACAAGCAUAUAUUGAAUUUAUAUCCAUAUUAUCAAUAUCCAAUUAAUUGAUAGACGUUACGCCACCAUUCUCAAUCGUUUAAUCUAGCACACCAUUAUGCAACCCCCAAAAAAUGUCUACCUCGAAAUCAUCUCGCUAUUCCUGUUAAAUAAGUGAGUCUUUCCAUUUGAACCCAGCACGUUGAUAAAUCUUCCAUUCUACAUCACCAAACCAAAUACUUUGUAGUAUCUAUCUAAGCAACACAUACCAACAGUAGAAUUACACUCAGAAACCCAGAUUUGUUUACUCUAUGCCAUUGCCCCAAUGCUAUUGAAAUGACAAUGAAAUCCCACAAAUUGCGCAAUUAUACUGGCUUAUCUUCUCACCAUCCGAUACAAAACGAAGUUCCUUCACUACAUCACCUUACCUCCGCAAUGAUAAUUAGUUUAAUGGAAACCCCAAAUUGUCUUUGUACUAUAUUAUACGUUAUGUCUAUAACUUCCACUCCUUAUGGGCAGUUCAUUUCUUAAACCUUAUCUCUAUCAAAUGAUCCAUCAACGUCUCAAACUCAGAAAACCUGUAUUUAUUAUUUACCACCCCUGACGUACGUCUACGUUUGGGUGAGCAAGUUAAUACAUACAGUGAGGGAAAAAAGUAUUUGAUCCCCUGCUGAUUUUGUACGUUUGACCACUGACAAAGAAAUGAUCAGUCUAUAAUUUUAAUGGUAGGUUUAUUUGAACAGUGAGAGACAAAAAAAUCCAGAUAAACGCAUGUAAAAAAUGUUAUAAAUUGAUUUGCAUUUUAAUGAGGGAAAUAAGUAUUUGACCCCCUCUCAAUCAGAAAGAUUUCUGGCUCCUAGGUGUCUUUUAUACAGGUAAAGAGCUGAGAUUAGAAGCACACUCUUAAAGGGAGUGCUCCUAAUCUCAGCUCGUUACCUGUAUAAAAGACACCUGUCCACAGAAGCAAUCAAUCAGAAUCCAAACUCUCCACCAUGGCCAAGACCAAAGAGCUCUCCAAGGAUGUCAGGGACAAGAUUGUAGACCUACACAAGGCUGGAAUGGUCUACAAGACCAUCGCCAAGCAGCUUGGUGAGAAGGUGACAACAGCUGGUGCGAUUAUUCGCAAAUGGAAGAAACACAAAAUAACUGUCAAUCUCCCUUGGCCUGGGGCUCCAUGCAAGAUCUCACCUCGUGGAGUUGCAAUGAUCAUGAGAAUGGUGAGGAAUCAGCCCAGCACUACACGGGAGGAUCUUGUCAAUGAUCUCAAGGCAGCUGGGACCAUAGUCACCAAGAAAACAAUUGGUAACACACUACGUCGUGAAGGACUGAAAUCCUGCAGUGCCCGCAAGGUCCGCCAGCUCAAGAAAGCACAUAUACAGGCCCGUCUGAAGUUUGCCAAUUAACAUCUGAAUGAUUCAGAGGAGAAUUGGGUGAAAGUGUUGUGGUCAGAUGAGACCAAAAUCGAGCUCUUUGGCAUCAACUCAACUCGCCGUGUUUGGAGGAGGAGGAGGAAUGCUGCCUAUGACCCUAAGAACACCAUCCCCACCGUCAAACAUGGAGUUGGAAACAUUAUGCUUUGGGGGUGUUUUUCUGCUAAGGGGACAGGACAACUUCACCGCAAUCAAAGGGACGAUGGACGGGGCCAUUUACCAUCAAAUAUUGGGUGAGAACCUCCUUCCCUCAGCCAGGGCAUUGAAAAUGGGUUGUGGAUGGGUAUUCCAGCAUGACAAUGACCCAAAACACACGGCCAAGGCAACAAAGGAGUGGCUCAAGAAGAGGCACAUUAAGGUCCUGGAGUGGCCUAGCCAGUCUCCAGACCUUAAUCCCAUAGAAAAUCUGUGGAGGGAGCUGAAGGUUUGAGUUGCCAAACGUCAGGCUCAAAACCUUAAUGACUUGGAGAAGAUCUGCAAAGAGGAGUGGGACAAAAUCCCUCCUGAGAUGUGUGCAAACCUGGUGGCCAACUACAAGAAACGUCUGACUUCUGUGAUUGCCAAAAAGGGUUUUGCCACCAAGUACUAAGUCAAAUACUUAUUUCCCUCAUUAAAAUGCAAAUAAAUGUAUAACAUUUUUGACAAUCUGGAUUUUUUUGUUGUUAUUCUGUCUCUCACUGUUCAAAUAAACCUACCAUUAAAAUUAUAGACUGAUCAUUUCUUUGUCAGUGGGCAAAUGUACAAAAUCAGCAGGGGAUCAAAUACUUUUUUCCCUCACUGUACAUAUUAUUUAAAUUAUUACUAUAUCACCUCUCUAGUAAUCGAUUACACACAUAAAAUUCAUCCUAUUUUCACAUCGUCACAUACUCCAUAUAGAACGUUAGAAACUCCUAGAUACUCACAUCAAACAAUCCCUUCGUGUUUUGUUUAACGAUCCUCACUCAACACAAAUCAACUUCUUCAAACAUACUCCUAUCGGAACCAAAAAAACAGAUCAGAUUGUAGUUUCAAGGACACUGACCUUCCUGUCAUUGUAUCCUCACCGGUUCUCUAACCUUCAGAAAACCCCUUCAAAGUCAAGCCUCUCAUUAAAACAUAUACUUCUCCACUACACUUUAACAUAACCCACGUUCUCCAUACCACUCCUUGAUAUCAUAUGAUGGGCAUUGAUGUGGUCCUCUGUAGCUCAGCUGGUAGAGCACGGCGCUUGUAACGCCAAGGUAGUGGGUUCGAUCCCCGGGACCACACGUACACAAAAAAAUGUAUGCACGCAUGACUGUAAGUCGCUUUGGAUAAAAGCGUCUGCUAAAUGGCAUAUUUGUUUAUAUUUAUGUACGGAACCACAAUAUAAUGUUAUAUCAAAGCUUAUUAUCCAAACUUAUAUCAACUUAUCAUACACAUUCAUAUAAUUUAUAGGUCACUGGUUUCAUUGACAGGCCUCCUCUACAUCCUGCCUUAUACCACAAAUACAAAACUCUGGUCUCGAUAGACUCUUCCACCAAAGGGACCAGAAGUACUGUAUGUUAGUUUCCAAUGCACGUUCCAUGUUUAACGUCUGUUUAUGAUGAAGAUGAUUAAAUAAGAAGUGAUACACACACACAUACACAUGUCCACACGCAUGCACAAACACAAACAAACACAAACCACAUACUAAACUAACCUCUCUCUUUUCUCUUUGUCUCUGUAGGUAUCUCCAUGCCCAUUCCUGUCCUAGGCCUGCGGGACCACACCAAGGUGUUCAAAGACGGCAGCUGCCUGCUGAGAGAUGACAGUUUUGUCCUGGUGGGCUCCUUCAUGGCCUUCUUCGUCCCCCUCACCAUCAUGGUGGUCACCUACUUCCUGCCCUGCAGACUGAAGCUACCCUCUGCCUGGACCAGCUGGUUCCCCAGCCCAAAUGGAGCGCCACCUUGACCCUGGGCUUCUACCCCCAGGCGUCACUCUCCUCAGAGAAGCAAUUCUUCAGGCUUUCGCUCAGCCGCGACACGGGAGGGGUAGGAGGAGGGGUCAUCAGACCUGGGUGGAUCCGCGGUAAAGGCAUUACAUCAUGCAGUCAUAAAGCAACGAGCAGAAGGCCUCCAAGGUCCUGGGCAUGGUCUUCUUCCUGUUUUUGGUCAUGUGGUGUCCAUUCUUCUUUACCAACAUACUGUCGGUGGUGUGCGGGGAUGGGGGGGGGGGGGGCUGCUGACUGUGUUUGUGUGGGUGGGAUACCUCUCCUCAGCCGUCAACCAUCUGGUAUACACUCAACAAGACGUACCAUGCAUCCUUCUCCCGCUACAUAUGCUGCCAGUACAGCCCAAGGAGGAAGCCUCUGCAGCUUGUACUGGUCAACACCACCCUCCACUGGCAUACAACUCCACUCAACUGGCCCUGCAGGAAUUGGGUCCACAGCGCUGGAGGACCCAGGGAUUCCUAGCUCUGUGGUGA